AGAGCGUGUCCGUAAGACGGCUCCCGCACCACCAGCAGCAGAGCGUGUCCGUAAGACGGCUCCCGCACCACCAGCAGCAGAGCGUGUCCAUAAGACGGCUCCCGCACCACCAGCAGCAGAGCGUGUCCAUAAGACGGCUCCCGCACCACCAGCAAAAGAACAUUUCACAAAAUUGCCAAAGCAACAGCGACGAAGAGCGAUGCGGAAAGCCAGCAAAAACCAAAGCGCAUUACUCUCUGGUGAAGAAGAAAAAAGGAAAAACACCCAAUAUGAAAGGAAAAAAUACAGCAGCUGUCCAGAAUUUCGGAGAAAAAAGCUCCAAGCACAAAGGAGAAGAUAUGCCCAAGACAAUCUCCAUCAGAAACAGCGAUUACUGUCCUUCAAACGUUACUAUGACAAUGUUCAAGAUAAGAAGAAAGAAGAAGUCAUCCGAAGAUACAGGGAAGAUGCUACUUUCAGGCAACAACGGAAGACUUACAUUACAAAGAGAUACAAGGAAGAUGCCACGUUCCGCACCAGACAAAAGAAACACAUUACAGAUAGAUACCAGUCAGAUGCAGCGUUUCGGAGCAGACAAAAAUUUGGCAUGUCUCAGAGGUAUAACACGGAUCAAAGCUAUAGCCAAAAGAAAAAGCAAGAUUUCAAUCUUAGAUAUCACAGUGAUCCAGAAUUUAGACGUCGUUUUAAUCAACGUUGUAACCAGCAGAGAGGAACCAAAUUGGCCACAAAUGCUGCCUUUAGCAUAUUUUACAAGAUGCAGAGAGCUCUUCGAAUCAGGAGAAAAUACAGACAAAUUGUGCCCCACCGCCCCCAGCCCCUUAUUGAUCCGGUGAUGGAAGCAGCCAUAGCUGCCUUUCGUGAGUCCAUUAGACAUGGACCCACAUACAUUUGUACUGUUUGUAACAGAACCAUGUUUCCUAAUCAGGUCAAAGAAUGCAAAAGACAAAAAUAUUGUAAACACGCAAAAGUCGCAGCAGCAUGCUUGACAGGAAACUAUGUUCACUUUUGUGACAGUGACUGCUCUACCCCUUGCUCUGUGCCACAAGAAAGACUGCAUGAGUGGAUAUGCUACACCUGCGACAGCCACCUUAGCAGAGGAUGCAUACCACCCAUGGCAGUCGUAAACAAUUUGGAGUUGGCGCCCAUCCCCCCAGAAUUGGCUGCAUUUAAUGUGCUUGAAAGGCAGCUGAUUGCAAAAAUCUUGCCAUUUGCAAAAAUUGUUGCUCUGCCAAAAGGCCAACAGAGAGCAGUCCACGGAGCUGUUGUGUGCGUUCCAUCAGAGGUGGAAGCGACCGUCAACAGUCUCCCAAGGCCCAGAGCAGAAGUGCAGCUGCUUCAAGUGAAAUUGAAAAGGCACAUCAAAUACAAAGGUUACCAGCACUUUUACAACGUUAAUAUGAAGAAUGUGCUAGCUGGCCUUGCGAAAUUAAAAGAGACACAUUCAGAAUAUAAAGAUGUGUUUAUCAAUGAGACUGCAACUUUUGACUGUCUGCUCGAAGAAGAGGAGCCCAUCGAAGAAGAGGAACCCAGACAGAAAGAGGAGCCCAGACAUGAAGAGGAGCCCAGCAUCCCAGAAGAAGAUCGGGAUGUCGAUUUAGAGGAAAUUUUUAAAAGCCAAAACGAGCCGGGACAGUUAGAGGCAGAUGAGGAAGAACAGGAGGAGCUUAGACCAGGCCUCUCCCUGGACACUUGCAUGCAGCCCCCCGACAUUGCACAGGAAAUCCUUUCAUAUGGCGAUGGAGUAUUUAGUGUUGCACCCGCACAAGGCAACAAACCGGUUGGUUUUUUCACCAUACCAAAGUUAGAGGCCAUGGCUUUUCCUGUACAAUUUCCGACAGGAGAGAACACAUUAGAUGAAGCUAGAACCGUCUCCCUGUCCCCGAGCCUCUACUUUAAUUCUAGGCUCUUUGCUGCAGAUACGCGUUUUGCAAGUGACCAGAGUUAUCUUUUCUUUGCUCAGUUUGUUACAGAGACUCACCUCGUGACAAAUAGUAUGUCUAUACAAAUGCGCAAAGGAAAGUCAAAAACCAAAGACGGCUGAAGGAUUAAUAAUGUCAUGCUCCAGGACAAGGAUGAGGUAGAACGGCUCAUUAUGAGCCAAGAUGCAACCAGGUUCAUGCAGCCUCUUAGAGGCACUCCAGCCUAUUGAAAUAAAACUCUUAAAGAUGUGCACGCCAUGGUUCGUCAAAUUGGAAAACCAACAUUUUUUGCCACAUUUUCCGCUGCUGAGAUGAGAUGGCCUGAGUUCAUAGAGGCCAUCAAAGCUCAGCAAGGUGAACAGGGGCUGUUUUCAGAUUUGGAUUGGAAAUCAAAAUGUGACAUUCUGAGAAGUAACCCCAUCACAGUAAUGCGCAUGUUUGAAAAGAGAGUAGAGGCUCUCAUGACGAAUCUCAUCCUCUCCCCUUCACAGCCGAUUGGUGAAGUGGAAGAUUAUUUUUAUCGCGUUGAGUUCCAAGCCAGGGGAAGCCCGCACAUCCACAUGCUCAUUUGGAUAAAAGAUUCACCUAAAUUUGAAGAGGACCCCGAUAGUCACGUCAUGGAAUUUAUAGAUAGGUACAUUA